UUCAUCUUCAUCUUUUCCUUUUUCCUUUUUUUUUUCUUUUUUUAAGCUUUUAAGAAAAAAAAUCUCUUCGUUAAUCCCUUUCCAUUUACGAGAUCUGUUGAGGAAGAAGAAGAUUAUAUAUGAUGAUAGAGAAGUGUUUAGGAGCGUAUCGGUUUAGGAGAUUGCAGAGAAUCAUGCGCCAAGGUAAAGUGACGAUUCUUUGUCUCGUCCUCACCGUCAUCGUCUUGCGUGGCACUAUCGGAGCCGGUAAGUUCGGUACGCCGGAGCAAGACAUCGAAGAGAUCCGUGAGCAUUUCUUCUACACCCGUAAACGCGGCGAGCCUCACCGUGUUCUCGUCGAGGUCUCUUCCAAAACGACGUCGUCGUCGUCCGAAGACGGUAAUAAUGGUAACAAGAACAACAGCUACGAGACCUUCGACAUCAACAAGCUAUUCGUCGACGAUGAAGACGACAAAUCUCAAGACCGGACUAAUAAUAAACCGUAUUCUCUAGGUCCAAAGAUCUCUGAUUGGGAUGAGCAGAGGCUCGAUUGGCUCAAACAGAACCCUAGUUUCCCUAAUUUCGUGGCGCCAAACAAGCCUAGGGUUCUUCUUGUCACUGGUUCAGCUCCUAAGCCGUGUGAGAAUCCUGUGGGUGACCAUUACCUUUUGAAAUCGAUUAAGAACAAAAUCGAUUACUGUAGGAUACACGGGAUCGAGAUCUUCUACAACAUGGCUUUGCUCGACGCUGAGAUGGCUGGAUUCUGGGCCAAGCUUCCGUUGAUUAGGAAACUACUCUUGUCUCAUCCUGAGAUUGAGUUCUUAUGGUGGAUGGACAGCGACGCGAUGUUCACGGACAUGGUGUUCGAGCUUCCCUGGGAGAGGUAUAAAGAUUACAACUUGGUGAUGCACGGUUGGAGCGAGAUGGUUUAUGACCAGAAGAAUUGGAUUGGUCUCAACACAGGAAGUUUCUUGCUUAGGAACUCGCAGUGGUCGCUUGAUCUUCUUGACGCUUGGGCUCCUAUGGGCCCUAAAGGCAAGAUCCGAGAAGAAGCGGGUAAAGUCUUGACCCGGGAACUUAAAGACCGACCCGCUUUCGAAGCUGACGAUCAGUCCGCCAUGGUCUAUCUUCUCGCGACGGAGAGAGAGAGAUGGGGAGGCAAAGUGUAUCUAGAGAGUGGCUAUUACUUGCACGGUUACUGGGGGAUUUUGGUGGACCGGUACGAGGAGAUGAUUGAGAAUCAUAAACCGGGUUUUGGAGACCAUCGUUGGCCGCUCGUUACGCAUUUCGUCGGGUGUAAACCGUGCGGUAAGUUUGGAGAUUACCCGGUUGAACGGUGUCUGCGGCAGAUGGAUAGAGCGCUUAAUUUCGGAGACAAUCAGAUUCUUCAGAUGUAUGGUUUCACGCAUAAGUCGCUUGGGAGCCGGCGCGUGAAACCCACGCGUAACCAGACGGAUAGGCCGCUCGAGGCCAAGGACGAGUUCGGGCUGCUUCAUCCGUCGUUUAAAGCUGCCAAGCUUACUACUACUACGACGACGUGAGGAUAUAUUGCUAUGUUUAAUCCCAUUUUUUUUAUUUGUUUGUAGUUUUCUUUUAGUUGUUGAGUAAAAAUCAUUUUAAUGAGUUGUCUUCGUUAAUUUAUUGUAGACUUAAAAUUUCAUCAUAAUCAUUAGUCACUUUGGGAA